UACGACGUAAUUCAGAAUCUUUUACAAAAUAUUUCCUUUAAUUAUAAAUGUUUCGUUAAAAACAAUGUUAACCUCGACGAAUGAAAAAUUGUUGUUUCUCUAUUCUUUCUCUUUUUUCAUUCUUGACCAGUUAAUUGUAUUUUCAUGCAGCAAAGAAAUAUCGUAUAUUUAAACGAAUAUUCUUUCAACAGAGACCCAUGUAAAUUCUUCGAUCGUAUGCUCCAACUGGCGAUUAAAUUACCGGUAUACACGAUGACCACCGCGUUGGAAAAUUUUAUCACGAUCACUCAUCGUGAUUUUAAUUGGCCGUAUCCUGUACCUCUUAUUACGAAACCGGCACAACCACCGAAGAGUACGGGAAUUCGAUUAUACACCCCCAGAAUCGAUCCUGAGGAUUGUUCGUGCGACGAACAUGGCCAACAGAGUAACAAGGAUAGAUACAAAUACCUGGCUGACAAGGAACGACAAUUUCUGGACCAACUGAAGAAAGUGAACCGUGAAAUGACGAAUCUCGCGAAGGCUAUGCUAGACGCUAACUGCGAGCCAAUGGACGAGACGAUGAAGAGUAUUUAUAAAACGGAUUACGCGAAGAGAGGAUUGCCUAUCAAAGUGUACAGAGAGCUACAGGCUGCGGUCGAUUCAUCGUACUGUUCACCUUUUCCGGCGGAAGUAACGAAAAUAAAGGAGGGUUACAGAGAUCCAACGAGAUUUCGAUACACCGCCGUCGAAAGACCGCAUAUUCAGCCAGCCAAAACAAUUAAUUUGUUCCAAGUUCCAGAAUCUUUCUCUAUGUGGGAGACACCUUUCACCGGUCGCUCGCAAUACAUGGAUACUAUCAGCAAGAUGGGUCUCAGUAACAUAAAAAAUCGACAACAAUAUCUGGAACCACUACCUUCGUCAAGAAGAAGAUUUGGGGACUGUAAAUUAUAAAUUCGAACGAUAAAAACUUCUCUCAUCGACCAGACACUGCCGAUUUCUAAAAUAUUCGAUUAUAUGAAAGCAAUUGUUAAUUAUUCACUCACAUUCUCGUGUUUCUAAUGUAUAAAAAAAAAGAGAUACGAAUCCCCUAAAUUUCCCAAAAAAAGUCACCAUUAAAAAAAAAAAAAAGACAUAUAAUUACUACCAUUUAUUUAUUAUUAUAACCAAUCAAGUUCAAACCGACGGAAUCAUAUGUGUAUAACCUAAUUCUUUUGUUUUCUUUUCUAUUUUCUUUUUACUUUUUUCUUUUUUAUUCUUUUUUAUUUUUUUUUAUUUUUUAUUUUUUUUUUUUUAUUUUUUUACCACUUCAUAAUGGCAGAUUUAUGUGAAUUUUUUUCUACGGAAUAUACUCGCAACUUUAGGAAGAAAAAGACACGACCAGCUGAGAUGUAAGAAAAAAAAAGAUGUAUAUUAUCGAAAUUAUAAACAGAUGGACAAAUUUUAUCUAGGAACGCGAAUUGU